CCAGCUGCUCGCGCAGCGCAGUUCCGACCCACAGCCUGGCACCCUUCGGCGAGCGCUGUUUGUUUAAGGCUCGGUGAGUCCAAUCAGGAGCGCAGGCUGCAGUUUUCCGGCAGAGCAGUAAGAGGCGCCUCCUCUCUCCUUUUUAUUCACCAGCAGCGCCGGGCAGACCCCGGACUCGCGCUUGCCUGCCGGCGCCCUCAGCCUCUCUCCGCGCUCAAGAGCGGUCUCCGCGGUGGCGGUUCUCCAUGCGCAGCGCGCACCCGAGGAACUAGAAGUUAGCUUGGAGAGGCGCCGGACCGUGGAUGGCCUUGACUGACGGCGGCUGGUGCCUGCCGAAGCGCUUCGGGGCCGCGGCUGCCGACGCCAGCGACUCCGGAGCCUUUCCAGCGCGGGAGCCCUCCACGCCGCCUUCCCCCAUCUCCUCUUCUUCCUCCUCCUGCUGCUCCCGGGGUGGGGAGCGUGGCCCCGGCGGCGCCAGCAACUGCAGGACGCCUCAGCUCGAUACGGAGGCAGCGGCGGGACCCCCGGCCCGCUCGCUGCUGCUCAGCCCAUACGCCUCGCAUCCCUUCGGGGCUCCCCACGGACCUUCGGCGCCCGGGGUCGCAGGCCCCGGGAGCGCCCUGUCGAGCUGGGAGGACCUACUGCUCUUCACUGACCUCGACCAGGCCGCGACAGCCAGCAAGCUGCUGUGGUCCAGCCGCGGCGCCAAGCUGAGCCCCUUCGCCCCCGAGCAGCCCGAGGAGAUGUACCAGACCCUCGCCGCCCUCUCCAGCCAGGGGCCGGCCGCUUACGACGGCGCGCCCGGCGGCUUCGUGCACUCGGCAGCCGCCGCCGCAGCGGCCGCGGCCGCGGCCAGCUCCCCAGUCUACGUGCCCACCACCCGCGUAGGCUCCAUGCUACCGGGCCUGCCGUACCUGCAGGGGGCGGGCAGCGGGCCCGCCAACCACGCGGGCGGCGCCGGCGCGCACCCCGGCUGGCCUCAGGCCUCGGCCGACAGCCCCCCGUACGGCAGCGCGGGCGGCGCGGCCGGCGGUGGGGCCGCAGGGCCCGGCAGCGCCGGCUCGGCAGCAGCGCACGUCUCUGCGCGCUUCCCCUACUCGCCCAGCCCGCCCGUGGCCAACGGCGCGGCUCGGGACCCCGGGGGCUACGCGGCGGCGGGUGGCGGUGGCGCUGGCGGCGUGGGCGGCGGCGGCGGCGGCAGCCUGGCGGCCAUGGGCGGCCGCGAGCACCAGUACAGCUCGCUGUCGGCCGCGCGGCCGCUGAACGGGACCUACCACCAUCACCAUCACCACCACCCGAACCCCUACUCGCCCUACGUGGGUGCGCCGCUGACUCCCGCCUGGCCCGCAGGACCUUUCGAGACCCCAGUCCUGCACAGCCUGCAGAGCCGUGCCGGAGCCCCGCUCCCGGUCCCGCGGGGCCCCAGUGCAGACCUGCUGGAGGACCUGCCUGAAAGCCGUGAGUGCGUGAACUGCGGCUCCAUCCAGACGCCGCUGUGGCGGCGGGACGGUACCGGCCACUACCUGUGCAACGCCUGCGGCCUCUACAGCAAGAUGAAUGGCCUCAGUCGGCCCCUCAUCAAGCCGCAGAAGCGCGUGCCUUCCUCCCGGCGGCUUGGAUUGUCCUGUGCCAACUGCCACACCACAACCACCACUUUGUGGCGCAGAAAUGCUGAAGGCGAACCUGUGUGCAAUGCUUGUGGACUCUACAUGAAGCUCCAUGGGGUGCCUCGACCGCUUGCUAUGAAAAAAGAGGGAAUUCAAACCAGGAAAAGAAAACCUAAGAACAUAAAUAAGUCAAAAGCUUGCUCUGGUAGUAGCAGUAAUUCUGUUCCUAUGACUCCAACUUCCACCUCUUCUAACUCAGAUGACUGCAGCAAAAACACUUCCCCUACAACACAACCGACAUCCUCAGGGGCGGGCACCUCAGUGAUGUCUGGCGCGGGAGAGAGCACUAAUCCUGAGAACAGCGAGCUCAAGUACUCAGGUCAAGAUGGGUUGUACAUAGGCGUCAGCCUGGCCUCUCCGGCCGAAGUCACAUCCUCGGUGAGACAGGAUUCCUGGUGCGCCCUUGCCCUGGCCUGAGCCCGCUGCGGGGAUUUUGUCAAGCCGUCCAGACCAGGGCGAGUAUGCUGACAGAACAUUCCUCUGACGCGUGAUUUCCGUGCCUUUAUUUCGAAAGAGAUGUAUUUCCCAAGAGGCUUGCUCUGCCUUACCACCCUGCCCCUGACUCUGAAGAGCCAGAGAGAAGAUGGAGGGCUUCCAGGGAAGGGCCAGUGCAGCCCACAGCACGUCACCUCCUCCUGGACACGGCCACUUCCAGCCGCCAGCCUGCCUCUGGGUGUGCCGGGGGAUCUGACGUCCUCUGUGCCACUUCCAGAAACUGGGACUAGGAACGGGGCCUUGCCUGCUAAGGAAUAUUGAGAGAUUUUUUUUUUAAAGGGUUUUAUGUGUAUUGCCCCAAAUCAUGUGCUUCUUCUGAUCGGUUUUGGUUAUUCCAGAAUUUCUUCGUACCUUUUCCACACCUGAAUUUCACGUGCUUUCAUGGAGAAGACCAUUUGAGGCCAUUUGGUACACACCUCUGGAGGCUGAGUCAGUUCGUGAGGUUUCUCGUCAAAAAUAUUACUCCGUGUGCAAGACUGCAUUAUGACUUAACGUACACUGUGACUGAUGUCUCAAAGUUCACAUUGUGGGACUGACCUGAGGUCAGUCGGGAUUUGUAAACAGGGUAGCAAACAAGAUAUUUUUCUUCCAUGUAAACAAUAAUUUUUUUAAAAAGUGCAAUUUGCGUUGCAGCAAUCAGUGUUAAAUCAUUUGCAUAAGAUUUAACAACAUUUUUUAUAAUGAAUGUAAACAUUUUAACUUAAUGGUACUUAAAUAAUUUAAAAGAAAAAUGUUAACUUAGACAUUCUUAUGCUUCUUUUACAACUACAUCCCAUUUCUAUAUUUCCAGUUGUUAAAGAGAAAUAUUUCAAGAACAAAUCUUCUCUCAGGAAAAUUGCCUUUAUCCAUCUGUUAAGAAUUUUUAUACAAAAACACCAGUAUCCCCUCUUUAUUUUACUGUGGAAUUUGUGCUGGAAAAAAUUCAACAAAACUUUACUACCUAACAGAUAACAUUUGUAAAUACUCUAGGCAUCUGUACACACUACGAUGAAGUCUAUCGUGUGACUGACCCACAGGCAGGUUGGUUUACAUUAAAUUUUUUAAGAAUGGGAUGUCCUAUGGAAACCUAUUUCACCAGAGUUUUAAAAAUAAAAAGGGUAUUGUUUUGUCUUCUG